AUGAAGAGUCGCCGUCGUCGCGAACCCAUCCAUGCAGAGGCCCCAUACGCCUACGCGCUCUAUGGCAAUGUCGAUAUCAAUGAUGAGGAGCUGUUGAACUUUACUGGUGAGAAGAGACCAUCGCGGAACAGUGAGAUUGUGGAGUUCCUCCGCAACAAGAGCUUUGCGCGGGGCCGAGACGCCUCAGCACGACGCUCGCCGUACCUUAGGUUCCAGCAGGCCAAGGACGCGGAGACCACGGUGGGAUCAGAGUCCCUCAGGAGCGGAAGCUUUGCCCAGGUCGAGGACGCGGCGCAGCAUGUGUGGUUCAUCUCACAGCGGUAUGGCGGCGCCACGCCGUUCGCCCGCAACUUCAUCAGCGCCAGUCAGUUCCUGCAGUACGCCGCGCACCACGAGCUUGAGUUCCCGAGUGCAGGGCAGAGUACAACAGCAGCAACAGUAGUGGCAGAAGCAGAGGCAGCAGCAGCGGCCCCCUGCGGGGCGGCGAAGUGGCUGGACAUUCAGACGACGAACAAGGACCUCAUCGCCGACAUCCUUGCACGCUUCCCAGUGGCACAGGACACAAUUGACCACUGCCGCUACAUUGACGGCAUGGAUCGCCUCAUUGCAUACUCAGGGCUUGGCUACUUCUUCUUCAACCUGGCCUGCACGCCCAGCCUGCCUGACGCUGAUACGCGGGGUAGGUACCAGACAAAAAGCGUCAUGCAGUCCCGUGUCGAGGCGGCGAUGGCCGAUCAGCCACGUUCCUCCACUGCCGCCGCAGUCCCAGUUGCGGUUAUCGUCUUCCCCGACUGGAUCAUCACAGUGCAUGAAAAGCCGUUCCACGAGCUCGGGGACCUUCUCAAGUUCUUGCAUAUCAACUGUUGCGACCACGGCUCCUCAACUGCCGAGCAACGCCCGAUGCAAGUUAUGACGUCUCCGUUCAUCUUCUCCAGCCUGUUCCAGAUUGUCGUGGGGCAUCAGCUCGACAUUGUUUCGCUGACCCUGACGUUGGAUAGGAUGAGCGAUGAUAUCUUCAAGGUGGAGAAGGAGCAGGCGAGGAGGGAUGAGGUGAUACAGCGCAUCACUAAUGUGCGACGCUGCUUUGGCGAGUGCGCUGCCGAGCUGAUGCGACGCGAGCACAUUGUGUCCGUGCUGCUACAGCCACACAUGAUGGACUCGUUUCUCACGCGGGAGAAGGUGGUGUGCCGGCAACUCGAGAGCGCACGUGCACAUCUCCUCCGCCUCAGUGACGAGGUCAACGACUGCCGUGACACUGUGGCUGUGACAAACUGGUACCACAACGUGACACGCACGUGGAACUUGCUGGUGCGUGGCAACAAGGCCCUUCGCCAGACGGUACUGCUGACGGAGCUGACGAACAUUUUGUACCCCGUAAUCACCAUCCAGACUCUGUAUGCUAUGAACGUGCCGGUGCCAUUCGAUAGUGAAGGUGACCCGCCGGUGGAGAACAUGAAGGCUUUCUUCGCGAUGGCGGCGUUCCUCGCGGUCUACAUGCUGCUGUGCUCGAGGACGCUAUACAAGCUGUUCAACCGCAGGCGGUGGUCUACGAAACUCCUGACAGAGUGA